CGCCUGCUCACCCGUUUGCUCGGCUGCUCUCUCAUCCUCCUGGCUCGCUAGACUAGAUCCUAGAAGCCUGCAUUCGACCAUGAGCUCCGGCGCUGGUGUCGAAGACUUGGCGUUCCUGCCAACGCCUGUAACCGAUGAGCAGAUCCUUACGACCCUCCGGGCUAGAUACCUGAACCACCAGGUCUUCACCCGGCUCGGCGGCAAUGCCAUGGUGUUCGUCAACUCACCAAAGGCCCUCGAGUCCUUCUCGGACGUUGCCUCGCAGACCUAUGCCGCCCACGCAAAAGAGGUCCGGGCCGACAAGCAGCCGUUGCCCGCACACAUCUUCGAUCUGGCUGCAUCUGUGUACUUUCAUAUGUUGAAUCUGCAGAUGGACCAGUCGCUCAUUCUUUGCGGCGACACGGGCGCUGGUAAAUCUGAGGCCCGCAAGCUCUUUGUGCGCCAACUGUGUGCCCUCUCCAAGACCAAGAAAAAGUCAAAGGUCCUGUCGGGCGUCGUCAAGUCGGAUAUCCUGCUCGAGUCCUUUGGCCAUGCCCGCACCGCCAACAAUCCCAACUCGUCCCGCUUUGGCCGCUACAUUGAGUUUCAGUUCGACACCGAUGGCAAAAUGGUCGGCAUGAAGGUGCUGCCCUAUCUGCUCGAAAAGGCCCGUGUCACCCACGUCCCCAAGGAGGAGCGCUCCUUCCAUGUCUUUUACCAGCUGCUUGCCGGCGCAACCGAGGAGGAGCGCCUGCAGCUGCAGCUCGCCGAGCCCUCCCAGUUCGCCUAUCUCAGCUCCACCAAGUACUCGCGCAUCUACCCGGACGACGCCAUCAAGUUCAAUGAGCUCAAGGACAACAUGAAGUCUGUCGGCAUCGGCCGCCGCCAGCAGACCCAGAUCUUCCAGCUGCUUGCCGCGAUCCUGCACCUCGGCAACAUUCAGUUCGGCGACGACCCGGACCGCCCCCAGGAGCCCUGUGUGGUCAAGAAUCCACAGAUCCUGCAGUUUGUCGCCGUCUUGCUCGGCGUCACCCCCGAGAACCUCGAGUACUGCCUGACCUACAAGACCAAGCUGGUCAAGAACGAGCUGUGCACGGUCUUCCUCAACGCCGCUGGUGCGCAGGAGCAGCGCGACGGCCUCGCCCGCACCCUCUACUCGCUGGCGUUCGAGUGGAUCAUCGAGCACAUCAACACCCGUCUUUGCAAGGACAACUGCGCCAACUUCAUUGGCAUUGUCGACCUGCCCGGCUUCCAGAACUACAAGACCAACAGCCUCGAGCAGUUCCUGUACAACUUUGCCAACGAGGAGCUCUAUUCGCUCGUCAACCGCCGCCUGCUGAACGAGCCCAUUCAGGAAUUCAUCUCGGACUCGCUCAUUGCCCAAAAAGUCGACGUCUUUGACAACGAGCACAUCCUAGACAUGAUUGCCGAUCUCGACAAUGGUAUGAUCGCCCUUAUCGAUGACGAGGCCGUCAAGGCCAGCUCCCGCAAGGGUGACAGCCGCAUUGCCGAGAAGAUCUCGGACACCCACUACGAGAACGCUCAUUUUGUGACCGGCAAGAAGCCCUCGGUCUCCUUUGGCAUCCGCCACUUUGCUGGCACGGUCGAGUACGAUACCCGGGGCUUUAUCGAGAAGAACUCGAGCUCCGUCAGCACCGACUUUAUCAACAUCUUCCGCGGCAACGACGCCGACAUUCCCGAGUCUGCCAACCCCUUUGUCGCUGCCCUGUUCUCGUCGCGCUCGAUCCAGACCGAGAGCCAUGCGAAGAACUCCCGCGUUGUCAUCUCGGGCAAUCAGUCCAACGUUCCGGUGCGUCGCCCAUCGAUCAAGGCUAGCAAAUCCAAGACCCCGUCCAGCGCAAGCUCCGUGUCGCUGGGCUUCCAGGUCUCGGUCAACGAAAUGAUCGACACGGUCCGAGAUACCUUCCCUUGGGUUGUCUAUUGCCUGCGCUUCAGCGACGAUUCGCAGGAGCGUCUUGACCCGGGUGCCAUCCUGCGCCAGGUCAGCAACCACAACAUCCGCCAGAUCGCCUCGGCCCGCAACUCGGCCGACUACACCGUCAGCAUGACCUUCAAGGACUUUAUCGCCCGCUACCAGCCCCUGCUGACUCCGCUCAAGCUGUCGACCAGCACCGCUCCGCGCGACGCCGUUGCAGCCUUUGUCAAGGCGUCCCACUGGACAGAUGGCGAACUGAACCUCGGCCGUGCCAAGGCGCACAUCUCGGAGGCCUCGUGGCGGUACCUCGAGGACGAGCUGCGGGUGAUCCAAGAGCGUCUCAAGCUCUCCCGCGAUGCCCACUACGACCGUGGCGUCGAGGGUCUUUCGCCCAGUCCCUCGGAGGACUCGUUCGGCUCGCGCAUGGACCUGCUUGGCAACGUCCCUAACCUGCGCGACGACGAAUCGGCCUACAGUAGCGAGGACGAGCGCAGCCACUACAGCUUUGGAUUUAGCGGCCAGAACGGACGCCGGGUUGUUUCGGGCCAAGGCAGAUUGGGCCGCCCCCUGUCGGAGGCAUCGGCUGCGGAUUACGGAUCUGAAUACGGCGGCACCACCAAGGGUCGUCCUCGUGCUACAGCCGCAAAGGACAUUGAGCUACAGCCCAUCCGUGACGACAAGAAGGCACAGCCCGUGCCCGAGCCCAAGAAGCAGCUGACGUCGGCGCGCAAGAAGUGGCUCUGCUGCACUUGGUUCCUGACUUGGUGGAUCCCCUCGUGGUUCCUGUCAUGCUGCGGCAAGAUGAAGCGCAAGGAUGUCCAGAUUGCCUGGCGUGAAAAGGUCGCCUUGUGCGUCAUUGUGGGCUUUAUGUGCUCGGUUCUGCUGUUCUUCAUCAUCGGUUUUGGCCGUCUGAUCUGCCCCAAGCAGUACGUCUGGAGCAAGUUUGAGAUGGCAGCCAUGAAUAGCCUGACCGAUGUGUGGGUCUAUGGAUACGGCCGCGUGUACCAGGUCAACGACAUUGUCAAGAACCACCAGUCCUCGUACGGCGUCCAGACAUACAACUGGGCCAGCUGGGCCGGAAGCGACGUCUCGCCGCUGUUCUAUCCCCAAAACGUCUGGAGUAUGUACUGCCCGAGCUUCCCGCAGCCGGCCGGAUGGGAUCCCAUCGCCAACCGACCCAACCCCAACGCCCUCGUGAACUACCCACACAAGGCCAUCGACACCUCGGGCCUGACCGGCUCGGGCAAGCCCAUGCAGAAGCUCUACCUCGAAUACAUGAACCAGUACGCCAAGGGUCGGCUGGCCUGGACGAUGGACUAUGUCGCCUCGCAGGCCUCGCAGCAAACCCGCUUGAUCGUGAUCUACAACAAUGUCUACGACGUUUCGACCUACUACAAUGCCCCGAACCAGUUCCUUGGCUCCGACGUCGGGGCCAUCUUUGGAUCUGUUGGCAAGGAUGCCAGCUCGCUCUGGGAUGCCUACGCCAAGAGCUCGCCCACGGCCGCUGCCAACGCCCUGAGCUGCAUGAACCAUCUGUUCUACAUCGGCACGGUCGACUACCGCAACAGCUUGCGUUGCCAAAUGUCCAACGUCAUCCUGCUCACCGUCUCUGUGAUCCUGGUGUCCGUCAUUGGAUUCAAGUUCCUGGCCGCGCUGCAGUUCAUCGGCAACAAGACCCCCGAAGAUCAAGACAAGUUUGUGAUCCUCCAAGUGCCCUGCUACACCGAAGGCGCCGAGAGCAUCGCCAAGACCUUGGAGAGUCUGGCUCUGCUCAAGUACGACGACCGCCGCAAGCUUCUCUUUGUCAUUUGCGAUGGUAUGAUCACCGGAAGCGGCAACGAUCGCCCGACCCCCAGAAUUGUGCUCGACAUUCUUGGCGUGGAUCCCGAUGUUGACCCCGAGGCCCUGUCCUUCCAGUCCCUGGGCGAGGGCGACAAGCAGCACAACAUGGGCAAGGUCUACUCGGGUCUCUACGAGAUUCAGGGUCGCUCGAUUCCGUUUGUAGUCAUAGUCAAGGUCGGCAAGCCCUCCGAGCGCAACCGGCCCGGCAAUCGCGGCAAGCGUGACUCGCAGAUGACUCUCAUGCGCUUCCUGUCCCGUGUGCACUUCAACGCCGAGAUGAGCCCGCUCGAGCUGGAGCUCUUCCACCACAUCAAGAACAUCAUUGGCGUCAACCCCAGCUUCUACGAGUACAUUCUCAUGGUCGACGCCGAUACCGAGGUCUACCCGCAGUCGCUCAACAGAAUGAUUGCUGCCAUGAUUCACGACUCGCGCAUCAUGGGUCUCUGUGGCGAAACCCUGCUCUCGAACGAAAAGGACUCGUGGAUCACGAUGAUCCAGGUCUAUGAAUACUUUAUCUCGCACCAUCUGUCCAAGUCGUUCGAGUCGCUCUUUGGCUCCGUUACCUGUUUGCCUGGCUGCUUCUGUAUGUACCGCAUCCGCACCCCCGGCAAGAAUGUGCCGCUGCUGAUCUCGCCUGCCAUCAUCAACGACUACUCCGAGAACGUUGUCGACACCCUCCACCUCAAGAACCUGCUCCAUCUCGGCGAGGAUCGCUAUCUCACGACUCUGAUGAUGAAGCACUUCCCCAACCUCAAGCUCUCGUUUGUGCCUGACGCCCAGUGCCGAACCAACGCUCCCGAUCGCUGGUCUGUGCUGCUGUCACAGCGCCGCCGCUGGAUCAACUCAACGGUGCACAACCUUCUCGAGCUCAUGCUUCUGCCGCAGCUCUGCGGCUUUUGCUGCUUCUCGAUGCGCUUCAUUGUGUUCUUGGACCUGUUCUCGACCGUGGUGCAGCCGGCGGCCGUUGUCUACAUUGGCUACCUUAUCUACUCGGUCGUCACCAGCACAGAUGUCUUCCCGUUGAUGUCGAUUAUCAUGCUGGGUGCCAUUUAUGGGUUCCAGGUCAUCAUCUUUAUCCUCAAGCGCCAGUGGGCCCAGAUCGGAUGGAUGAUUGUGUACAUCAUUGCCACCCCUGUCUUUGCCUUCUACAUCCCGUUGUACGCCUUCUGGCACUUUGACGACUUUUCGUGGGGUAACACUCGCAUUGUUGUCGGCGACGACGGCAACAAGGUCGUUUACAGCGCUGAUGUGGCUCCGUUUGAUCCCAAGUCUGUUCCGCUCCGCAAGUGGUCUGACUUUGAGGCCGAGAUGUGGGACAAGAUCGAAAAGGACUCGAGAGCCGACGACUUUGCCGACAACCGCUCGCAGCGCUCGUUCGGCAGUCAGCACUACCCGCCAGUCGCAGCCUCGGUCGCCCCCUCGGGAUACAGCGGUGGCAUUCCCGCCAUGCCUGCUAUGCCUGCCAUGCCUGUCAUGGCCGGUGCGCCCAACGGAUCAGUCUAUGGCGGAUAUGGCGGCAGCCCCAUGAUGGUUGCUGGUGGCUCGCAGUACGGACGGUCGCCCGCUAUGGCUCCAAACGGAUCGCAAUACGCUGCUUCGGCAUACGGCGACGCUGCUGGUGGCCUGGCGCCGAUGCAGGCUGCCUACGGCUACCCAGCCGGACGCAAUUCGUACGGAGCCUACGGUGGCGCUGGUGCCUUUGUGCCCGGCACGAUGCCCUCGGACGAGAUGAUCCUGGUCGAAGCGCGCAAGCUCCUUGCGUCGGCCAAUCUGAUGUCCAUCACCAAGAAACAAGUCCGUGACGAACUCUCGACCAUCUUUGGGGUUGACCUGACACCCAAAAAGACCACGAUCAACGCCUUCAUCGAGGACAUUCUACAGGGCAAGCUCUAGAAAGGAAGAGUCGUCCUGCGUCUCCUCUCCUCCCCUCUUUUUCUCUCCUUCUUGCGUCCCUUCCUUCCCGGCUCCCCCUGGGAACGCUGCUCUUUCUUUCCUUCCUUCCGUUUCCAUGCCGCUCUUCCCUCGUUGAUGACGAUCGUUCCGUUCUCUCCGUGAGAGGCCGGUCUCGUCGCCGAUGGGUGGCGGAGGAUAGACGGCCAACGCGGCUGGCCCUAGUCAUCAUCAGCACCACCACCACGCAGCAGUCUACGAAUUCUAGCCACCGCCCCACUUCAAGAAAGCACUCUCAUCAGUUUCUCCCUCCCUCCCUUUUUCGUUCUUUCACACUCUUUCUCUUCUUUCGCCUUUCCUCCCUCUUUCUUCCUAUCCUGUGCUCUCCUCAGUUACAGUCGAUCCAAUAAAAAACGGGUCACCUUGGUUUUUUGAUCAUAGACCGAAUAUUUGUUUACCCGAUACCAUCGCGCACUGGUCGCGACCAUUAUGUGAUGCGGUGC